AUGCAAUUCAAGACCGUCGUCCUCGCUUUGACCGCUGCUUCCGCUGUUUCCGCUGCUAACGCCACUAACGGUACUAACGCUACCAACGGUACCUCCACCUCUGCCGGCUCUGGUGCUGUCCAGGUUGCCAGUGCUGGUUUCUUCGGUGUUGCCGCUGCUGCUGGUGUCGCUAUGUUGAUCUAA